AUGGUAGGUCUUUUCUCCACCAGUCUCCUCUCCGGUUGUCUUCUCAGCCCCAAAUCACCUCGUCUUCCGUUCAACCAUUCCUGCCGUGGUCGGACACCUUCUCAAAAAACGUUCAUUGUCAAGCAGAAGCUUGCGAAGAAGGCUCGUCAGAACCGACCACUUCCUCAAUGGUUCCGUCUCAAGACUGACAACAAGAUCCAGUACAACGCCAAGCGACGACACUGGCGACGCACGAAGCUCAACCUCUAA